AUGGUGCAUUUUGACAAGAAACCGGUGAUUGUGAGACCUUGGACUCAAGAUCUCGAUACUAUCAGAUUGGUUAGGUCGGUUCCUUUAUGGAUCAGAUUACCUAAUCUUGGUCUUCAGUAUUGGGGCCAGAAAUGUCUCAGUGCAUUGGUUAGCACUAUAGGGAAACCUAUAAUGGUUGAUAAAUUCACUAAGGAGCGAUCGAUGAUUAGAUAUGCGAGAAUUCUAGUGGAAAUGGAAAUAUCUGAUAACCCGCCUUUUACCAUUUAUUUUGUGAAUGAAAGGGGUCAAGUUCAAGAGCAAUUUGUUGAGUAUGAGUGGCUGCCCAUUAAGUGCAAUAACUGUAAAGGGUAUGGCCAUAACAUGGCUGAAUGCAAGAAAAUCGAUUCCAAUAGGUGGGUAAAGAAGGAGGUAGCAGCUCUGGAAAAAGAGGGAGUAUCUUCGGUUUUAGGAGCUGUUGCAGCUGAUCAAUCUACAGGAUGCUCAGCCAAAGAUCCUGGUUCAUCUAAGGUAGACUUCGGGAAAACUGAAGUAACUGGUAGUGAUCCCAGUAUCACUACUGGUAGGGAUACUGUUGGUACUUCUCAGGUUUUGUCCUUGUCUCCUGAUCCUAAUAAUAAGGAGAAUUGGGAAGUGCCAAAAAAGACAGGGAAUUCUCGAGGGAAAGGGAAGAUGCAUAGGCCUGGGAUUGCUAAGAAGCAGAAUGCAUUUAAAGUUCUUCAAGAGCAAGUGAUAGGUGGUCCGAGUGGGCAUUUAGAUGACUUGAAUCUAGAUGGAUUGCUCCAAUCUACUUAG